GUGGCAAUGGCAAGGCGCUAAGCUGUGCCACUGGCUCCGCUCGUGCAAUCCUGGGAAUCGACCCCUGACUGUGUCACACUGGCAAAGCCAAUGCCACACCUACGAUCCCUCGAUUGACCGACCCACGAUCGCCGUGAAACGACUCCUGCUUGCUGCCUUUGCCGUCCUCCUUACCCUCCCCGCCCUCGCUGCGGAGCGGGUCGCCGUGCCGCGGCCGGCGAACUUUGUCACCGCUGAGGAGUGGGGGUCGAAGCCGGAUCCUUUGCCCGACUCGCGGCGGCAUACGCCGCGGUUUGUGACGUUGCAUCACGCCGGCGUCACCUGGACCACCGACCGCGACCCCGUCACCUUCAUCCGCAACAUGCAGGCGUGGGGGAAGCGGCGGCCGGAGAUCGAGCAACCGCCGCGCGACACCUUCUGGGCCGACCUCCCCUACCACUUCUUGAUCGCCCCCGACGGCCGCAUCUUCGAGGGGCGCCCGCUCGAGUACGAGCCCGAGUCGAACACCAAGUACGACCUGGCGGGCCACCUCGGCGUCGAGAUGAUGGGCAACUUCGAAGAGCAGCGGCCGAGCCCCGCGCAGGUCGAGUCGGCCGUGCGGUUGGCAGCGUGGCUGGUGUCGAAGUACGACCUACCGCUGGAGGCGAUCAGCACGCACGCCAAGGUCGCGAAGAACCAGACGACGUGCCCGGGCCGCGACUUCAACCGCUACUGCCAGGGCGACCCGUGGCCGUUCCGCACGUGGGUCGAUCGGGUGCUCCACGGCGAGGAGCCGGCGAUUGAGUUGGGCGAGCCGCUGGAGGGCGGGCCGACGGUGUUGAUUACGGAGACGUUGCCCACGCCCGCUCCGCCGCUGGAUGUCCUGUCGGGACGCCGCCUGCGUUUGGUGGGGCGGUUCGUGGGCGUCUCCAAGCGAGAAGCAUCCGCCGCCGUCGAGCGGCGUGGCGGCGCCAUCGAUGACGCGGCGCCCGACCUCGUGGUGAUUGGCGAAGCCGCCACAACGGCAGACCGCGAGCGCGCCGUGCAGGAAGCGGCCGCCAGCGGCGCCGAGUGUUGGAGCGAGUCCGAGCUGUGGCGCCAGCUGGGGCUCGUCGAGGCGGACCCCUUGCUGUGUGAGGGGGCCGUACGGCGGUUGUAUUCACCGGCGAUGCUCGCCGACCUCGUCGGCGCCCCGCUCGCGGCGGUGCAGCGUUGGGCGCGGCGCGGCGUGAUCCGGCCCGCCUGCUGGGUGCAGCGGCUGGCGUACUUCGAUUUCGAAGAGGCCCGCGUCGCGCAGCUGCUCUCGGACCUCCUGCGUAAAGGGCGUUCGCUGGCGGCGAUCGACUCGGUGGUCGAUCGGCUCGCGGCGGCGCACCCCGCGUACGACCGGGCGAUCGCCGAGCUGCCGCUGGUGAUCGAGGGUGGUGAACUCUUGGUGCGCGGCGAGGCGGCGCUACGCGACGCCUCGGGGCAGCGGCGGUUCGACUUCGACGAGGUGUCGGACGAAGACGCGCCGACCGUCUUGCGGAUGGACUCGCUCGCCGACGCCGAACCCACCACCCAACGCGAGCGCGCCUGGCGGCUGCACGACGAGGGGACGCUUGACGAGGCGAUCGACGCCUGGCGUCUGGCGAUGCUCGAGUCGCCGCCGACGGCCGAGGAUCACUUUGUCCUCGCCGAUUGGUUGUACGCCGCGGGGCAGCCGGUCGCUGCGCGGGAGCGCUAUUACGCGGCGUUAGAGUUGGACCCCGAGCACCUCCAGGCCCGGGUCAAUCUGGGCUGUGUGCUCAGCGAUCUGGGCGAGCACCAGCUCGCCGUCGCCGCGGUGCGGGGGGCGCUCGACCAGCACGAGGCCUACGCCGACGCCCAUUUUCACUUGGCGCGGAUCUGCGAAAAGCACGGCGAUCACGAGGCCGCGGCGCCGCACUGGCGGCGGUUUUUGGAGAUCGCCCCCGAAAGCCCCUGGGCCGAGGAGGCCCGCGACGGGUUAAGAUGGGUAGGGUCUGAUUCGCAAAGCUAA